CACACGACCUGAACGGGGUUUCCGUUAUUACUUACUUCCGAGGUAGCUCAGCUUGGGUCGAACUCGAACCAACCGCCCGAGAUGGAACAUUGGCUACGUAAAACCAUCAGCAACUGUUUCAAGAGCGCCGUUACCCGCCGCUUGCUUCUCCCUUGAUCUCUCUUUCUUCCGCAGCCCAAACAAACGAAGAAGAUACUCACAAAGACAGUUCUUUAUUACUUGGGAAAGCAUGCCACAAGGUUUCUUCUUCUUAAUUUGAUUUGUUGUUAAUAGUAAUAAGUUGCUGGUAGAACUUCUGGGGUUUUAUUAUGAUAAAGAGAAGAAUCGGUAUUCCCCUCUUGAAGGUUCAAUUCCGGGUUCUUCUUCUUCUACAAACAAUGCUCAAGAACCAUCCACAGCCAAUACCCAGGUUAGCUACUCUCGGAUCAGAGACAUCUGGAGGAUCUGUUUAUAUUCUUAACCUUGUUGAACCAGUCAAUUUUGAUUCAAGUUCUGCUAUAGGUCGAAUGUUGUUUAAGGCUGCAUCUUUCAAUUGCACCAUUUGGACUGCAGAUUGCAAUCCUAACUCAAGUCAGGCAGUGAUUGGAACAAAUCUGGGAGCUGCCCUGGUCAAUUUGGUAACUGGAAUGGCAUCAUGGGUGUGUAGAAGCAAAAGUGAUGUUUUGGCUCAACAGCUCAAUCCAUCGGGGAAUGUUGUUUUAUGUGGGCUAAUAAAUGGAGCAAUUUUGACAGUUGAUGUUCGUGAAAAACAAGAAAGGGUUUCAGAUAGACUUAUAAGGCAUAGAAUACCUUAUUCAUCACUGGGCAGACAAGGUCCCAGUUCUAGUAAACAAUGGUUUGAGGUCAAAGGAAACAUGUACUCUUCUCGUACUAUUUUUAUGCCUUCAUCUAUAUGCUGGAAGGUUUCAAUGAUGGUUUGGCCAUGGUUUGAUGGUGGUUUGGCCAUGGUGGGUGGUGGCAUUGGCAGAAGAAAAUAAAUUUUGGGGGAGAGAGGCAAAAGGCAAUAACAGAGGAGGUGGAUAAACUUCUUUCCACUGGUUUCUUUCGAGAAGUGAUGUACCCCUACUACUGACUGGCAAAUGUUGUGAUGGUGAAGAAAAUCACUGGCAAGUGACAGAUGUGUGUGAACUUCAUGGAUUUGAACAAGGCUUGACCAAAUGAUAACUUUCCUCCCCCUAAGACUGAUAGAUUGAUGGACUCCACAUCAAGUUUUAAAUUCUAGACAAUAUCUUUUAUAAUCGCUCCAUCUUUCAUGAUGCCAAGUCUGGCCUUAAGAGGUGCCAGGUUGCGCUCUUGGCACUAGGCCCAGGCCACGGAGCCUGGACCCAAAUCUAUUUUUGGAUCCUUCUAGGGCUUGAGCCUUGUUAAAAACAAAAAGUUAUUAGAAAAAAAUACAGUCCAUCAAGAGUAGCAGGAAGGACUAUUCUAAUAGAGAUUUUACAGGAAAAGAAAAGACUCAGGUGCUGUCAUCAUCUCUAAUUUGUAUAUCACUUGAACUCUAGUAAUUAUUUCUCAUUACCUUAGAAUGCUUUGGACAAAUUGAAGGGAAUGAUAAUGGUGAUAUGUGCUAUCAUAUUUUAAUAGA